AUGAGAGCAGAAGCUUCUCAAAUGGCAGGUUUGGUCUUGGCUUGUCUAGUAGUACUCGUGGUGGCUUUGCAAGUAAACAAAGCUCUAUCUCUAGAGUUGCAUUUUUACAGAAAUUCAUGCCCUCAAGCAGAACUGGUGGUGAAGAGAAUAGCACAGAAGCAUUUUAGCAACGAUCCGUCGCUACCUGCUGGCUUUCUUCGAUUGCAUUUUCACGACUGUUUCAUUAGAGGUUGUGAUGCUUCUGUUCUUAUAGACAGCACAGAUGAGAAUGUGGCAGAGAAAGAGGCUCCCCCUAAUUUAACUUUGAGAGGAUUUGAGGUUAUCGACGAGAUUAAAUCCGAGUUGGAGAAGCAAUGCAAAGGGAUUGUUUCUUGUGCAGACAUACUGGCAUUGGCAACCCGGGACGGUGUUGCCUUUGCCGGAGGAUCAGCUUAUGCUCUGCCAACAGGGCGGCGAGAUGGGACGAUUUCCAUUUUCAGUGAUGUUCACAUUCCCGGCCCUUCUUUUUCCAUUGCUGAUGCUUCAAAAGCUUUCCAAACCAUCAAUCUUGAUUUAACAGACCUCACUACUUUGCUAGGUGCUCAUGCAAUUGGCUUCUGUCACUGUGGCUUUUUCGUGCAGCGGCUAUACAACUUCAGAGGUUCUGGCUUAUCUGAUCCGAGUAUGGACUCGAAUUUUCUUGAUUUUCUCAGGAAAAGUUGUCCAAAACCAGUUGAACAGAACACUAAUAUAAGCGCCGAUCCUAAGGUGUUCAUGACUGCAAAAACAAGUACACCAUUUAAGCUAGACACUGCUUUCUACAGCGGAUUGCUGGAAGAGGAGGCUGUGCUUCAGUUGGAUCAAGACCUUGCCUUCACCGACAUUACUCGGAAGAUUGCAUCGGAUUAUGUGAACAGGCCAAAGAUGUUCAGGAGGAAAUUUGCUGAGGCCAUGAUUAAGUUGGGUAAUGUGGGUGUUUUAACAGGUCAAGAAGGAGAAAUUAGACUAAAUUGCAGAAGAGUUAACAACCCAACUAGUCAGUGAAGUAUGGAGGGAGGUAGCAAAUGCAUAUGGUAAUCAACAGAAUUUAUUUUUCAAUUUCUUAGCAGCAAUUUUUUUUUUUUUUUUUUUUCAUAAUUAUUGUGAAAUUGUAAACAAUAUUGAGUUGUCAUAACUCGAGAUAAUCUCUAUUAAUUAAGAGUAUUGGGAGGGGUGGAUUUGGUAAUACCACUAAGUAAUUGCUCCUUGUAUAAGUUUUUGGAAAUGACUCUUGCAUCGAAUAGUUGUAGUCAAUUGUUAGAUUUAUUGGCCAA